GUUUGAGACACCGGAAAUCCCCACCAAAUUUUACAUGGGACAGUCUGAUAAAAAUGACCCCAUAGCGGGGGAGAUACAGCAUCCACGUGAAAAACAUAUAAGUGUUGAUAUUUUCCGAGAUACUCCACUUCGAUACCUAGGUUAUGCAAAUGAGGUCGGGGAAGCAUUUAGAGCUCUGGUACAUGUGAAUGUUGUGCGGCUCACGUAUGUUGCAGCGAGUUCAUACGUUCUAGCAGAUGCUACAAGCAAAGCUAACGAUGCCUCUCAGUUGCGUUGGAAAACUGAUGCAAUAAAGAAAAGAAGGAUGAAGCACGCUUUUUUCGAUGCCCUUAUUUGGCAAGGAUUAGCCUCGGUAGCCAUACCAGGGUUUACAAUAAACCGACUCUGUGCUUUGUCGAAUUAUGCACUGCAACGUUCUAGUCGCCUCCCACAGGGAGUAAGAAAAUGGAUUGUAACAGCCAUAGGAUUGUGUGCUAUUCCAAUAAUCAUUCAGCCCAUUGAUAGAUCAGUAGAUUAUAUGAUGAAUCAGACACUAAGACCAUGGUACCUGGAAAUUCCUGGGGAUGAGGAGCUAAUUCAUCACCAUAGAGAUGACUAAAUCUACUAUCAGAUUGUCAUUAUGAGAAU